UCACUCCAUAUGGCCCUAUGGUCUGGGUACUAUGUUGCUCACUCUAUAUGCCCCUAAGGUCUGGGCGCUAUGUGGCUCACUCCAUAUGGCCCUAAGGUCUGGGUGCUAUGUGGUUCAUUCCAUAUGGCCCUAAUGUCUGGGUGCUAUGUGGCUCACUCCAUAUGGCCCUAAGGUCUGGGUGCUAUGUGGCUCACUCCAAAUGGCCCUAAUGUCUGGGUGCUAUGUGGCUCAUUCCAUAUGGCCCUAAGGUCUGGGUGCUAUGUGGCUCACUCCAAAUGGCCCUAAGGUCUGGGUGUUAUGUUUCCAAUGAUACUAAAAGAGUUCACUAAAACUGCCUGGGCUUCUUUACGAUACUUAAUCAAUAAUUAUGUCAAAAUUCUUGCACUAAAUUUAUUUUUUGUUCCUUUUUUGAUAGCACUCAAAAACACUCUUUUGAUGUGCAUGUCUGAACGCAUGUGUCUGAGUGUAACAAAGUUUUAAACUGAUCGUUGUAAGGGUUAGAUUGAGAAGAUGAAGAAUAGUGAAGUUGAAAUGAAAUGAUGUUAACAGACUUCCAUAAAAUGGCAAGAAGCAUAGAUCAAAGUUUUCAAAGACGAAUCUCUGAUGUCCCUUGUAUGUUGAAAGUGAAGCCAUCAGCUAAUGAAGACGAGAAUUUUUUAAAAUCAAAAUUAGAAAAAGUGCUUCAGGAAGAUGGGUUUGACCAAGACAUUCGCAGACUGAACUAUUUAACUUGGAUUCAGUUUAAUCUUGAGAAGCAUCGUGGCCAACAACACAGAGAAUCUUUGCAAUGGAAUGAACAAGCUAUGAAAUUGUCAAGUGGAAAUGACCUGGUUUCCCUGGCCAACAGAGCUUUUCUUUCAAACUACAUAGGAAACAAAUACGAAUCAGAAAGAUGUCUUCGUGAAAUCAAUAUCAGGAGAGGCAGCCCAGACUUUCUUUUACUUCUAGCUGAUGCAAAAGCACAACAAGCUUAUGGGCAUUCGAGAAAUGGCGGUCCAAAAAAUCAAAACUUGGCAAUAGACCUUUAUAUCCAAGCUUUAAGUGUGAAGAAAGACUAUCGCUGGAAUUACGGACUUGGUUUGGCUUGUAUGCGAUCUAUGCAUUUCCAUAUGAAAAAAUACAGAUUUAAGUUCAAUAGAAAAGAGAGAGUUCAAAUAGGCGCGGCAGCACUGUUUGAAGCUAUCAGAGAUGCUCCAGAUAAUGAUCUCAGAGGUCAAGGCUACAUGAAUUUAGCUCUUUUGCAGAGUUAUUCGCGUCGAUUUGCUGCAAAUGAUUUAACUGACAGAGACUGCAGAAUACUUUUCAACAAUCUGAGCGUGAAAGAGUUAAUUGAUAAGGCUGUAGAGCUAGGCCCUAACGACUACAAAGUUCUUGCUGAUUGUGGCCGAGCGAUUGCAGAUGAUGACAAGGAGGAAGCCAAAAGGCUGUUUAUGAGGUCAAACGCGAUUCAAAGAAAUACAAAGGCGUGUUACCAAUUGGGAUUCCUAUCUUCCGACGUGAAUCAGAGAUUGGCGUUAUGGCUUGAUGCUUUAAAGUUAUCUCAUUACGGAGACUUUAGUAUCGUCAAUGACUUUCGAAAACUCCUGAGUAAGUGGUCUGGAAUUAACCCUUUCAGCAAGUACUUCCAUGAACAUCUUCAUCAAGUCGGAACUGCUAGAAAAGAUGUACUGAUCUUAGCACAGGAUCAAAAUGACCAAGUAGACAAAGUGUAUCAAAUAUUGACAGCCUGUUUCGAACUUACAGCUACUAAAGUUGUCAUCCAGAAUUCUCAGAGCUGGAAAACUGAAGUCAUUAACCAUCACAUUGUGAUUAUAAUACUUCCCAGUGUAUUAAAUAGGGUUUUCUUAGAUGCGAUUGUAUCUCUUGUUGGUCUGGCCCAAACAGAAGGCCAACAGGCAAAAGCUCUUUUUACCGACUCAUCAACGAAAGUCCCCGCAACUCUUGAUCCUUUCAAACAGUUGAUGUUGGACGACGUUUUGAAAUACCUGGGAAAUGUGCCAAUCAAGUUCGAAGCCUUUAGAGGUGUCAACUUGCAAUGCCAGAAUAGUUUACUGAAGUUGUUUAUUUUCUUAAUUGAAGAGUGACAUAUUUUUUUGUAUAGGCAAUUAACUUUUCAAACUAGUGGAAGAAAUGAAAUUCUAUAACUUAGAAAAUCCUAUAAAUCCUAUUUUUAGUUGUUGUUCUGGUAAAGGAAAAAAAAUUAUAAACAGAUGAAAUAUACGAAAACAAAAAAAGUUAAAAUGAAUGAAAAUGAAUUGUGUGUGUCCACUGUGUGUGUGUGUGUGUUUAUCGUUGAAAUAAUAUUUUUUUAGGAAAAAUAAAUAAAAAUUGUAUAACGAAUUAGAAACUGAAACAAAAAACAAAACAAUGAGAUCUCCCUUAUGUUCUUACAUCGUUCAUGGUAUAACUUCAAAUAUAAUUUUAAAAAAUGUUUAUGUUUUAUUAAAGAACAAUUUGCAACAUUUUUGGCCAAAACUCGUUGUGUCCCAAUAUUCUUUGAAAAAACAAAACGGGGGUUUGGAGGAUUGAUCAAAAUUAUAAAAUUAAAAGUCGUGAAGAAAGACGUUUCCGGAGUUCUUUGUUUACAGUUAAAAGUAAAUACACAACUUACAAUACAGAAUAUAAUAUGAACGUUGUCGCAAAUAUAUAUAUAUCCGGAUAUGACCCGCGCCCUGCCUCCUUAGUUUGGGCAUUACUAAUGUCAAACAUAAAUUGUUUACUUUACAUUUUUUUAAAUUUUGCCACUGAAAUGAAAGUAGUGUGAAAAUGGGUUCAGCCGUUCAGCCGACACACUCAUAACAAAUAUAAAAUACUGUGAAAACGGGUUUACCCGAUUUGUUGGUUUCGUUCUUAUGAUAAAGAUACAAUUAAGUAGCCUACAUACAUAUAUCUUACUUUCUGCUUUAUAUGUUUACAUAUAUUGACCAUGUAUAUUUAGAUACAAACGUGGACAAGUUCUUGAUUUAUAUUAGUUUAUAGAUCUACCAGAUAGAUUUACGUAACCUAUAAAGAAAUAUAAAUAAAUGGAAUACUGUUAUCGAUGUAAA